AUGUCUACUCGUGAGGCCCCAGCAUCUAUUUCAGCCAUUCGUAAUCCAAACAGUCAGCUUGCUGGUCUACCACCUAGACCUCCUCUUUCAGAUGCGGCUUUGUUUUCUUUGAUUUUAACUGUUCGGGAGGCUGGUCGGCGUUUAGCAAUGAGUGAUUACGCCAUCGCUACAGCUUGCACAAUAUUACACCGAGCUCUACGUGUUCUCACUACUGGUGAUGAGCAGCCAGUUACAACACUCGCUACUUCUGGAUCAGCGACUGUCAAUGGAUCUGAUUCAGUUUCUGGUUUCGACUCGAUCGACCAAUCUUUUAAACAUAGCUUAGGAGAUAUCGAUGCACAUACUAUCGCGAUGGCAUCUAUCAGUCUUGGCGGUAAAGUACAAGAAGAACAUCAACGGCUGCGUGAUGUGAUUGUUUCUUAUUACAGGACACUUCACAAAAACCGUCGUAGUCCUCUGGAAGUCGGUGAUGAUUAUGAUCGUUUACGGGAAAGUCUUGUACAAACAGAAUUAUUUCUGAUGCGAUUGUUAGCUUAUCACGUUCGUCGUCCCUCUCUACCACAUCCAUAUCUAGUUCAUUAUCUUCAUUCAUUACUCCAUUGGGUUGGUAAAGGUAUAGCACAACCUUGCGGGUCCGAUUUGAACGCUGGUGGAAAUUCAGUAAAUGCUUCUGCAAUUGCAUUAGCACGACUUCCCGGUUUGGCUUGGUCAAUACUGGCGGAUUCUUAUCAGUCAGCUAUGUGUUUAGAUUUCGCCCCAGAGCAUAUCGCUGCAGCCGUACUGCAUUUAGCUUUACGGAUUGCUGGUGUUGAAAUACCUGGUAAUCGACACUCUGAAAUGGCCUGGUGGCAGGCCAUUUCAGAUAGUUUGUCCCGUGAAAUAGUUGAACAAAUCCAACUUCGAGUAAUGGAUAUUUAUGCAGUGGAUGAUAAAUUUAAAGCCAGUACACUUAAUCGUUUUACUGAUGAAUUUUGAGUACAGUUUGUUCGCAAACACCUUUGCAUUUUUUAUAUUGUUUUUUCAUGUACAUUUGAAAUGUAUUGUAAAGAAAAUUUAAUGUUCAAAUUUGUUAACAUCCUAGUCGUUUUUCAUUGUGUUUCUUCCCACACUUCCCGUUUUUAAUUUGACAAUUUAGAAUGAUCCUAAACAUUGAUUAAUCAAAAGUUUUACGAAAUUCUGU